CUUUGAAUUGGUUGAUGGUUUGCGCGAAAUUUCCGCGUCUCGUUGAAAUCUAUUUCCACUAUUUUUUAAUUCACGAGGUUUUAGUUGUGUGCCGACCGGCAAAUUUUCUUUCAAGUCCCUCCGUCUCGCGUCUUUGCUGUGAAAAUCCCCAGAAAGUCCCUUUUCAAGCUGCUUUGGCAAUCAACAUAAGGUUCACAGAUUCGCCUCUAUUUUCAGUGAUAUUGUUAAGCAACAUUUAUUGAAUCCCAGCUCAAAAAUCGCUAGAAUCUGAGGCGAAGCACUUCUGCAGUCAAAUUAGAUUGACAAAUGAUACCAGUGGUAGGUGAUCGAGUGCUAACUAAUGGAUGAGUCAAAGCCAAGUCCAGCGCCAGUCUCACUGAAAAGAUCGCGUCUGGGGCCUAACUUGAAAACAUUGAAAGUGUUACGUCCAGUUGUACCCAAUGGAAAUGGCUUGAGCACUAGUAAUGAAAAAAAAAUUGAGGAAGCACCAGAAAAUUCAUCCAGUGUAGAUAAGGACAAAGCAUCUAUGUCAGUGAGAAACAAAGAAAUAUGUCGUUUGCAUAUGGAAGAAACCAAUUCCAUCAAUAAUGCCCAGAAUCCUGAUGCGAAAGGUGAUAAAAGUGAAUCCAACGAUCUUAAUAAAUCCGACACAAGUGCUGCUGAUGUAGUUGUUAAAAAAGAGCCAUCUGAUCCUCAUCCUGAAGAAAACAAUUCUAAUAGCACCGUAGAGAACUCUAGCUCAGCAACAGAGCAAAACAAUAGUGGUGAAAGUGAUAGUGUCGCUAAUAAUUGUGUUAGUAAAGUGAAUAGUACUUCUUCUGAGGAGUCAAGCAAAACAAGUGAAGAAAAUGGUAAGCUCAAACCUAGUGAUGAAGCUAGUGAUGAUAAAGUUGAAAAAAUCACUAACGAGGAAAUUGUGAAAGCUGAAAUUCAAGAAGACUCUGCGUCAUCGGACGCUUCUAAGCUCAAAGACUCAACACAAUCUGAGGCUGUCAAGCCAGUGAAAGAGCCGUCGGCAAAAACUGAAGUCUCAAAACCAGUGAAGGAAUCCCCAAAGGCUAAAGCUUUGAAGAAAGAAGCAGCCAAAACUGACGUUCCUAAACCAGCUGACGACAAAGUUAAAGUAGAAAAAGACUCCGUUAAAUCAGAAGAAAAGGCUGCCCAGGAAGUAGCCAUUAAUAAAACUGAAACCAAGUCUGAAAAAGACUUGUCAACAAAAGCAAAAGGAAAGACAGAGGCUGAGCCAGCGAAAAGAGAAUCAGCAAGGAACAAAGCUAACGCCAGAAAAGGCAAGUUAAAAGACGAAGAAUCCCAAUCAUCUGGAUCUGAGGAUUUCCUUGGUUUUGACAGUGAGCACACUGAGAAGUCCAUGAAAGCCAAGAAAAAAUUUAUUGAAUCAAGUGAAGAAAAGAAAGUAAGCAGCUCUCGAGUUCCUAGUACGCCAGUAAGCACAGAUACAUCCAAAUCUGAAAACUCCUUCCUUGAAGCAACUCCAAGUUCCAACAAAAAGAUGAGGAAAAACAUAGUCGAUAUCUCUGACCCGCGCUACCUGAAACCGUUCGAAUUUGGAUGGAGGAGGGAGCUCGUCUAUCGCGCUACCAAUGAAGAUGGCAAGCGCCAAGGAGAUAUUUACUACUACACCCCUAGCGGCAAAAAAGUUCGCUCACAAAGAGAAGUCUCAGAACAUAUUACUGAUCCAGAACUUACUGCAGAUAACUUUACAUUUAGCAAAGAGCCCAUUGGCCUGAAUGAUAGCGAAAAGGAAAUAAUUCGAGAUGCUAAAAUGCGAAUGAGCAAGGACUUUGCAACUCCACCACCAAGAGCUGCAAUGAAAACGCCGAAAGCCAAAGCAACAGCAACUCCUCCUGCUACUCCAAAAACCACGCCAAAAGUGGUAAUCAAGACGCCGACGCCCAGCUCAGGUGGAUUGAAAGUAAAGUUCACAGGAAUCAAAUCUGGUUCCACAGCAGCUAAGUCAAGUGUACCUAAAUCGAGACCCGCUAAAGUUAAAAAGCGCAAGAGUUCAGGAAGCAGUGAAUUAGAAAUGGGUAUGUUACCGCCAAUGUGGAGUUCACCAGAAGCCAAAAAUGAUGACGUUUCUACUGCACGGUCGUGGAGCCCGCCCACUGUCUCAGACUCGUCAAAAGUGGAGAUGGACAGAAGCUGUUCGAUUUACUGUCCGCGAGCAAUGGGCAUCAUCCCGUCUCUCCAGUGUCAUGCUUGCCAGUGCCUCUUCCAUCCCGAGUGUUGCGGAAUUUCACCUGGUCGAACUAUUCUGCAGUACGUUUGCAAAAAAUGCCAAAAAAAUUGGAACUGGAAAGCUCGCACUCUAGCCUCGACGAUGAAAAGCGGGAACAGUAUAACCGUAAGUCUGCCGGCUCCCAAGUCAACCCUUGUCUCUCUAUCCAGCUCCGCCCCUACCAAGUCCCUGACCACCAGCACGAUUGCCAAAACGGCCAAGAUCACCUCCAUCGUAGGAGGUGUGACAACAUGGCUUCCACCCUCUUCCACAAUCCAAUUCUCGAGCAGUAAUGUCACAACUAAGGCACAGAAAAAUCCGAAGUCAAACACUCCCUCUGUCCCUCGACCCGCUGAUAGUCAAUCAACAGCUCCUCCUGCACAGGCAGUGGUCGAGAUGAAUGGAAAACGAUUUAUAGUUAUGCCAAAGCAGAAUGUUGUAUCUGUGUCGCAGCCAAUGCCUGUCUCGAACCCUGAUGAUAAUCCUCCCCCUCCGGUUCCUGUCACUGCAAUCCAGUGCUUUCCUCGUCCUCCCGCUCAGUUCAUGCUCCCAUCAUCGGAGUCGCUGGCUCUAGCUCCAAUUUCAACUCCCAAUCUUGCCGCUGGUGGUGCCUUUCUUCCGCAUUUCGCUCCAGGCCUAACGCCUGGAGCGUUUCUCAUGAGCUCCCAGUCUACAAACCCCCCUGGAGUCCUUCUAGUCCCUUGUCUCCCGCAGCAAAGUGCCCUUGGCGAAGGAAUGGCAGUGCAGCCGCAAUAUGUUCUAGUAAACGGUGCUGGAGUCGGAGGAAAUCUUAUGUUUGGCAACCCGCUCCCUCAGUCUUCAGAUGAUAAAGAGAAUGUUGGCAAAAAGCGAUCUGCUGAAAGAGGUGAUGCGAAAAAAGGAUCUCCACCAUCAAAGAGAGCGAGAGUAGCGAAUAACUCAGACUGCGGGUCCACAGUUUUGCGUGGCUCCGCUCCUGUUGUGACAAGUGGGUCUGCCGAAUUGAGUGGUUCCGCUGCCGUUGUAACAACAACGACCACUGACAGCAGCCUAGCGCAGCUUAAACCGAGCCAUUACUUCAUGAUGAACCUUGCUGCUGGAUACUCUACACUUAUGCAUAUCUUCAGAUACCUUAACUUGAAGGAGCUUCUCGUCGCAUCGAGAGUCUGCCGGUUGUGGCAUGAUGUCGCAUCUAAACAACAUUUUUGGCAGACCGUCAGAAUGAAGAAUACUCAGGUCUCCGAUUGGAAAGGUUUUGCGAACGCUUUAAUCAAGCACGAGACAAAGCAUUUGGACCUAAGGAAAAUGCUUGUUGGAACUAAAACAGAAGAAGUUAAAAACAACUGGUUAGAGUUCUAUAAUGUUAUUGGGCAAGUUAAAUCAUUGAAAAGGAUAGAGCUGUGCAGAUGUCUCUCUUCAGUCAUCGAAAAUUUGGCGAAACAUGUUCCUCAUAUAGAAGCAUUAACUGCUACGUCUAUCAAGAACACUUCCUUGAACUUGGAGCCGUUGGCUGCAAUUACCAACUUGACAGAAUUACGCUUGAAAGGAAUGUCAGGAAUAGAACUAUCCUUCAAUCAUUUGAGUAAUCUCACCACACUCAAACUGCUGUCGAUAACUGGAAUCAAGAAUUUAGACAGUGAAGCGUCACAAUCGAUUGGAUCUCUGGUGAAUUUAGAACAGUUGGAAAUCGGUGACUGCAACAACAUCCACCAAGUAACAGUGACAGAAGCACUACCAAAACUGAUCAACUUGAAAAGGCUGAGGCUCGAGAAGGGCCAGAACUCAGUGCCGCUCAUCAUUCAACUGAUAGAGUCUGCCAGUCAACUCCCGGCACUGGAGAUCCUCGAGCUCAUCAACUUCGACGUCAAACCAGGAUUCGAAGAAGCGCUCAAAAAGUGCACCAACAUCAAAUCGCUCCUCAUGAUUCCUACUUAUAUCACACAGUCAGCUACAACAAACCACAUUGUCAUGGUCGGCGUUAGUCACCUGAAACAAACGCUGAAGAAUUUUGUCUGGGGUCUGACUCUGGAACUCCUACGAGUGACGGAUUUGUUCAUUGACCAAUGCGAAACUGCCAAGAACUCUCCAGCCCAGAGCCCGACAUCAAACGGUAGCAAUGCCAGCAAAAAGGGCAAAGGUGACAGCAUCCCGAUCCUAAAGCCGCUCAUUGAUACGCUGGAAGAAGGCCGUUACCUCAAGGAGCCAAUCCAGAUCCCCUCGACAGGACCCUCCAAGGUGGACAUUCUCCCAAUCCCGAAGCUCCGUAAGGUCCUCUCUCAGAUUCUCCCAACCACGGAAAUCAAGAUUCUCAAAAUCCCGUUCAACCAAACUUGGCGGCAAACGCUUGUCUAAUGAUGUCUCUCCACCUACUUGCUCUGUUUAGUCUGCAGACUGAUUAUUGAAAUUGAUGGACAAAGAAGCCACAAGGAGUAUGGGACAAUCCUAUUGGUUGCAAUGAGUGGUCAUUAUAGACUGAAGGGGUAAAUGAUGGACUAAUUGUAGGGACUCUCAUGGGUUGCUGUUCGUCAGUCUAUUACUUACCUCCUUUGUCCAUUGCAACCACCCACUUCCACCAAUAGGAUUGCCUCAUUUACCUUUAUGUCUUCUUUGUCUAUAGCUGUGACUGUCAAUUUCAACAAUCAGCCUGCUGGUCCUUGUCCGAUUCAGAAUGUAGAUUGACAAGAAGCUGUGACAAGAAAAUUCAUUAGAAAUUUUUACAAAAUUUAGAUGGUUCUCUACAUUUUCUGCAAGAGAAGAAUGUUAGAGCAGUUUAACUGAUUGUGAGUCAGCAAAAUGAAUUUUGCUGCAUUUGCAAGUUCCUUAUCUUUUAUUUAUUCUUACCUUUCUCCAUGUUUUUCUGAACCUGCAUCAGAAUGGCAACUCUAGAAAGGUUAAGAUGAUUUGUUCCGGUUUCUGGCAAGGUUCAACUGGCGUGCAGUAUAUUGCAAAGCAGGAUUCAUUUUGGAGAAAAUCUUCGCAUUCGGUAUAGUUGUCAACUUCUGUAUUGAAUUCAAAGUUUUUUUACGGCAAGAAUCCUGCUUCCAUCUCUCUGAAUUUUGCCAAUUUCUUGAUUUAGAAUGAUUGCAGACUCAUGCGCAAGAGCUUUCAUCCUUUCUUUGGCUUCAAAUUCAAAAUCUACCAAAAUUUUUGACCUUUUUGUUGCGACGUAUUGCAUGCCAGUUCGACCAUGCCAGAAAGCAAGACAAAUCACCUUAAUGACUGAUUUCUUUCACUUGGAAUUUUUGAUGAAAUAGCAAUUCACCCUGUAAAGCAAAGCUUGAAUUCCAAACAAAUAUUUCAUUGGUAAUGUAUCAAGUACAAUAUUUUUUUUUAUACA